AAAAAAACAUAUAAAAAAACAAUUGUAUAUUGUGUAUAUAUACUGUACGUAUAUGCUUUCACACGUAUAACCGACCUGUCCCGCCCGAUUGUCUCUGCCCUCUCUCUUUCUCUCUCUCUCGCUCGCUGGCUCCGGCUCUUGUACUUAGCGUGUGUAUCCCAAAAUUUAUUCUAAUUUCCUAUAUAAUUCUGGGGUUUCCUUAUUUUUUUCCCCUGUUUUCGAAAUUUCCGUUCACAAACCCGCAAUCUUUUCGUGUACUCGUUGCCUCUGUGUAGUCCACGCGAAGUUACUCUCGGCUUGCAUUACCCUUGAAUUGAUAUUCCGUUUUCAGGAAAAUAUACAAGCUUUCUCGUGUGUCAGCUUGUUCGGACUGAUCAAUGCUGCGUCUCACAAAGUUCCUCUGUCUCACAUUCUCACAAUGACAUUUCAUAGAUUUGUUGGCACUGUGGGAUAGAGAUGAACGUAUCUGCUCUCUUGACUUCUGCUGGUAUCAAUACGGCCGUAUGUGUUGGUUUAUUUUCUUUGUACUCUGUCCUAAGGAAACAACCGAGCCUCGUGAGUGUGUAUUUUGGGCAGAAACUUGCUCAAGCAGAUUCAAGAAGCAAUGAUCCCUUUUGGUUUGGGAGGCUUAUUCCUUCUGCUAGUUGGAUAGUGAAGGCAUGGGAAGCCUCCGAGGAUGAAUUGUGUGCCGCUGGGGGGGUGGAUGCUGUGGUAUUCAUGCGUGCAGUCGUUUUCAGUAUUAGAGUAUUCACUGUUGCUGCUAUUGUAUGCCUGUUUCUUGUUCUUCCGCUUAAUUAUUUUGGGAAAGACAUGGAUCACAAGCAAAUUCCAGAUGAACAGUUGACUGUAUUCACCAUUGGGAAUGUCAAUGAAGGAUCAAAAUGGCUUUGGGCACAUUGUCUUGCGUUGUAUAUCAUAACUUGCUGCGCUUGUAUCCUUCUUUACUUCGAAUACAAGAAUAUCACAAAAAUGAGAUUGGCGCAUAUCACAGCUUCUCAUUCUAAUCCAAGUCACUUCACUGUAAUUGUUCGUGCAAUUCCAUGGGUUCAUGAAGAAUCAUACAGUGAUUCUGUGACCAAAUUCUUUACGGAUUUCUAUUCUUCAAGCUACUUAUCGCAUCAAAUGAUAUAUCACUCUGGUGCAGUCCAGAAAUUGAUGAGUGAUGCAGAGAAGAUGUAUAAGAUGCUCAAGUCCCCUCAUCGGGAACAGUAUUGUGGAUCACGUUUCAUGAGAUGUGGCUUUUGCGGAAGCACUCCAACAUCUUUUAAGGUCCUUUCAGAAGACCGUACAAGCCCUAGAAGAGUUAGCAUCUUUGAUGGUUCAGAUAUGAGGAAAAAGGAGUGUGGAGCAGCUAUGGUUUUCUUCAGGACUCGUUAUGCUGCAUUGGUUGCUUCAGAGGCUCUUCAAUCAACAAAUGCAAUGUCAUGGGUGACAGACUCUGCUCCAGAACCAUGUGACAUUUUUUGGUCAAAUUUGUGUGUACCAUAUCGACUCCUUUGGAUCCGCCGGAUUGCAGUUAUUGUGGCCUCGAUUUUUUUCGUGACCUUCUUCCUUUUUCCUGUGGUCUUUACACAAAGUCUUGUUCAUCUCGAUAAGCUUAAGAAGAUAUUUCCAUUCUUGAAGGAAGUUGUACAGAGGAAGAUUUUGGAACAGCUUAUCAGUGGAUAUCUGCCUAGUGUUGUAUUCAUAAUCUUCCUAUACAUUGUCCCACCUUUAAUGAUGUUAUUCUCUACAUUGGAGGGUGCCAUAUCACGUAGCGGCCGGAAAAGAAGUACAUGCGUUAAAGUUAUAUACUUUGUCAUAUGGAAUGUAUUCUUUGCAAAUAUUCUAACAGAAGCUGCUAUAGACCAUUAUCAAGUUUCAAUUACCAAGUUGGGAGAUGCACAACAUAUACCAAAUUUGCUAGCCAAAGCUGUCCCAGCAACGGCCACCUUUUUCAUGACUUAUGUCCUUACAUCAGGGUGGGCAAGCUUGUCUGUUGAACUCAUUCAGCCAUUUCCUCUUCUUUGCAACUUGUUUUAUAGAUAUGUUCUUCAAAAUAAGGAUGAUACAUCUUACGGCACCUAUACUUUCCCUUACCACACAGAGGUUCCAAGAGUUCUUCUGUUUGGUCUCCUGGGUUUCACUUGCUCCAUACUUGCACCUCUAAUAUUGCCCUUCUUGUUGGUAUACUUUGUCCUUGCAUUUCUAGUCUACCGCAAUCAGUUGCUCAACGUAUACGUAACUGAGUACGAAAGUGUGGGGCUGUAUUGGCCUAUCGUGCACAACACGACCAUAUUCUCUCUAGUGCUGACCCAAAUAAUAGCUUUAGGUGUGUUUGGCCUGAAAAAAUCGCCAGUUGCAUCGGCCUUCACUUUUCCACUCAUCAUUUGUACUCUCCUCUUCCACGAGUAUUGCAGGCAAAGAUUCCACCCCGUCUUUAAAAAGAUUCCAGCUACGGUUGCUAUUGAAAUGGACCGUAAUGACGAACAGUGUGGGAGAGUGGAUGAGAUUCACCAGAAACUGCAAUCUGCUUAUUCCCAGUUCAGACUAAAGUCCCAAAAUUCAAACACGACUACAGAACCAAAUAAUAAUACCGAGUCUAUAUCAGUAACAGUAUCUGUUGGCACCGAGAGAGAUGACUCUUCCAGGCUUGAAGAUGUUGAGAGCAUUACACCAGGAAAGACAGCCAUUGAACAAUUGAGCCGUGGUCCUAAAACGCCUAGUUGGAGUUAGGCUGCUCUGCAUAUUGGUCGUUUUUUACGCCAACAAAGUCCUGCCGAGUUACUGUAUUGGUUGAAAGAUAAGUCAGGUUAUAUAGAAGGCAUAGGAUUUGUUUUGGUUGGGAUUUGUUUAGUUAGAGGUUGUGUGCCGAAGUUGGCUGGCCGUCAGUAUGUAUAGAAUUGAACGUGUAAAGAUUCGGUGGUAAAACUUCAUGGUUGGGUCUCAGAAAAUUGGUCUUCGGAUUUUGGAUCCUUUCGUGAAUGAAUUUUCUUUUUACAGGGACUAAAGAUGUCAAGCUGCUCGUUUACGUAUAUUCUUGUGUGGUUUGGAGAUGAAUCUCAUACAAAAUUGUAAAAUACAAGUACAUGAUGUAUAUUCUUUUUGGUGGGGAGAUGGAUAUCAUGCAAAUUGUAAAAUUCAAACUGUGAAAUGAAAUUAGAAAAAGCUGAGAAGAUGGAGUUUAAAAAUAAAAAGGA